AUUGUCGCGGAGGGGAGGACCAAGGGAACAAAGGCCGGGCGAGGGGACACAAGUGCAGCUAUUGAGUCGGUGAAUAACAGCAAAUCACAAGGAAGGGUCGCUCGCUGGAGGGAGAAGGAAGUUCUGGCUUCCUCGCCACAACGACACUCGAUCUUCACCGCACCACUGGCGCCGUGAGUGGGGAAUCCCCGAGGGAGGGAGGAGUUAAUGCGACCACCCCGUCCGCAGCAUUCUCAGCCGCAUCAUGAGGGAAAAAUAGUACAAAUCGGUAACUGGUGAACCAGCCGCUUCCAUGUCUGAACUUAGUCAGCUGUACGCUCGCCUGAACCGACGCGCACUGUCCGAGGCGCAGUUGUUCCAUCAUGGCUUUCCUCGUCCAAGCAACCUUCCAGGCAAAGCGCGGGUCCGCGUUCACCCAGACACAUUCUGGACAGCACAACCCAGUCUUAGAAAAAGGAUUUGUGAGAGAUGCAAAAAGACCUACGAGGUUGACAGCAGUGGGUACCCUGUGGUGAAAGAGGAGUGCAGGUGGCACCUGUGGCGAGCCAAGAAUGGCAUUUAUGGGUGCUGCGGCCGAAGUACCUACGGGAAAACCUGCAAAACCUCGCCGCUGCACGUCACUUCAAAUAUAGAUCCUGACAACCUGAAGGGAUUCAUCGACACCAGUGACAGUGACGUCAGCUCGACCUCUGUUUUUGCACUAGACUGCGAGAUGGUGUCGACCACGCGUGGGAUGGAAAUAGCGGCCAUCACAGUGGUUGACCACCAAUGCAAAGUGGUGUACGAGACGCUGGUGCUGCCCGAGGGUCGUAUCAUCGACUACAACACUAUCUUCUCAAGCCUCACCUCAGACAAGUUCCGCGACGUGACCACCAAGUUGGAAGAUGUCCACACCAAGCUGAUGUCUCUCGUGGGUACACACACCAUUCUGGUUGGCCACGGCCUGCACAACGACCUUCUUCGUCUGCAACUCUUUCAUGGGCGUGUUGUGGAUACAAUCUAUCUCUACCCGCAUCCUAAGGGUUUGCCAGCAAAAAAUCCACUACGCUUCCUGAAACAGAGACAUCUCCCCCACCUGUUGGUGAACGAAGGCCUCAAAUGCCGCGAGGAUGCCGUGGCCACCAUGAUGCUGGCGCGCCUAAAGUGUGGCUUCACCGCGUCUCCCUAAGUGAAUUUCAUACUAGGAAAAUCGCUGCUGAGGUGAGGUGCGGUCAUGCGCAUUACUGUACAUUCUUAUUCCGACACAGUAUGGUGAUGAUUUACAACUUCCUGUGUUCAGAAUGUAUGUGUCAUGCCACAUCAAGGUCACGGGGUGGAGUCACUAACAUCACACGUUUGGGACCUGUUCGUGUAUCAUCCCUUUACCAACAUUACGUAAUACCUUGUCAGAUUUAUUAUGAUAUCACCGACAAAAAUACAUAUCCUCUUCAUCAUUUACUAAAAGACAAUUGUUGUUAUUAUUCAUAUCAUUAGGCUAAUAGCUUUCAAAUAGUUAUGACGGCCUCCAAUAAUUGUUCUAACCCCAAAGAAAGUAUGGUGCACUUCAUGAAACAACCAAAACAUACUUGCAUCACGUGGAUGUGGUGACAUUCUAAGAAAGGAAACGAGGUGGAGGAUAAGAGAUUACUUCACAUAAACAAUUUUGAGCUUCAUAUGUCUGAAAGCUGUGAUUUUGUGCCUUAACACUAGUAUAAUCAAUGUUACAGGAUUCUAAAAAAUAAAAUGUAAUGGAAUAAAAUAUAUACUUGAG